ACCCGUCCAGUCUGGUGCUAGAGUACUGUACGACAGCGAAGGGACGUGCAGGGAGGUAAGUACCAAGGCAAGGGACUCUACACUGGGGUGAGAACGGGGAAUGCGAAAGGAUAUGUGCGGCGACGCGCGCCAGGACACCGUUAUUAGACUCGAGUCUCAGUCACACACGAAUACAAAGACCAAUCUACACACUACUCUGGACUAUUUCUUGCGAUUCUUCACGACCUGAUAAACUUGGAUUGCUUUGUUCGAGCCUGUUGACGCACUCUCAGCCGUGUUACUCCCGGAUUCGAAUUGAGGCCAUUCAAUUCGGGAAGGGCUGUCGCAUGAACCAAAAACCACAUACGUGUUGCGAUGCCGCCAAAAUGUCCCUCGGAGAAAAAACACCGUCUAACGCUUGCGCGAUUGACAUCUUACGACGAUAUCCUCACGGACGCUUUAGUUGACCAUGUAUACUACUGGACGACUAUUCGCAAGAAUCGCAAUUUAUACCAUGCCUCACGGGGUGUUCGAGAGGAAGAUAUUACCCCUAUUUUGCAAAAGAUGGUCAUAAUUGGCAAGGACGCGGAGAAAGCAGAGGCGCAGCUCCUUCAACUCCCAGGAUUGCGAAAGUUUCUGGAAAGUUUACCUCCCGGAAAAGAAAGGGACGACUUCCGAAAGCACAUGCGGAGAUAUGUCAACAUAUAUUUACCGGACUGCCCAUUUGAAAUCACAAGCACCAACCGAUACACUGUGGUGACCCAUGAGGCUUCGGUGACGGCCCGGAGGUUGAUUAAAAAGGGCGAGACAGUGAAAUAUCUGUGCGGAGUCCAAGUCAUAAUGACUAAAGAAGAGGAAGCCGAUAUCAACCAGCGGAGGCGCGACUUCAGCAUCGUUGUUUCAAGCCGCAACAAAUCUGCAUCGCUAUUCUUGGGUCCAGCACGUUUUGCUAAUCACGACUGCGGUGCGAAUGCCGAGCUUAUGAGAACCGGAGCCGCUGGGAUGGAAAUCAUCGCUGUAAGGGAUAUUGAGGUAGGAGAUGAGAUUACCGUUACAUACGGAGACAAUUAUUUUGGUGAGGAUAACUGUGAGUGCCUCUGCAAGACUUGCGAAGACAACCUGGAAAACGGAUGGGGGUUGGAAGACGACGAUGGUUCAAGCACCCCUGCCACAAAGCCCUCUAUUGAGCAGCCUACGGUAGUCAUUGGUAGCUAUUCACUACGUCGAAGGAGAUCCGACUUUGUGGACUCCUCCCGGACUCCGUCGGCAACUCCUGAUCUCAGGCCUCGUGUUCUCAAGGGAACACCGAAGAGAUCGAGUAAAAUCGCUAAAGAACCGACAUCACCAGAACUUUCGCCCAGUCAACAACUUAUGGAGUCUAACAAGAAACGAGAAUGGCGCGAUGAAGCGUUGAUGGCCGAACAACACACGGCACGGAAAAGGCAACGCACUGAAGGAAUCAUCAAAAAGGAAAGCAUUCCUGCUAGGGAUUUAGACGGUCUCUACUCCACACCCGAAAGCUCUAGGGCUAGUUCGAUUUUUGAAUCAAGGCAUGAUUCAGCACAGAUGCUGCCCUCCCAUGAUAGCAACCUGACGGAUACAACGUCGGUGGAUGAAGAUACGAUUAUAGUUCGGCCAAUGCGCAAAAGGAGCCACUCACGCCUUCGCAAAGAUGUCCGUGAGCAAUCUAGCCCUACCGGCGUGGAAGCAGACAACCUGGUCUCAGAUGCAGCGAUAACAAUGGCUGAAUUUGCUGGCGAAAUUGGGGCCGCUGUGGCAUCGAUUACAACAACACUGGGCACCACGGACUCGGACGCUUUGGAACCAAAAUCUUCGCGGAAGUUAAAACGCCCGUCAACGAAGCUGUUAACGAAGACACUCGCAAGCACGACCAAAAAGAGGAAAUAUGUUAAGAAGCGGGCACCUGUUGUCACAGACGUUGACCAUGCACCAGAAAUUAGGAAGCCAGGCGAUUAUGUCUUGACGCCCCUGCUACUUUCUCAGCCCGCUUCGGCCUGGAUUUCGUGCAAGAUUUGUGAUGAGUAUUUCGUGCAACUAGACGCUUAUUUAACCCGCUCGUCGUGCCCAAGGUGCGAGCGUCACAGCAAGCUUUAUGGAUAUCAGUGGCCAAAGACGGAUAAGGAAGGGCGAAAUGACUCGGAGGAAAGGAUUUUAGACCAUCGCACUAUUCACAGGUUCAUCAGGCCUGACGAAGAGAGAUCUGUCAGAAAACGAGAAAGGAGCCGCGGCUCCACAGGUAGCCCAGAGGUUUCUAAUAUUUCUGUCGAGACCGCCCAAGAACGGCCAAGGCCCCAGAGGAUGAUAAACGCAAACAACGGAUUGCUAUGCUAUAUUGAUUAAAAAAUGAAAAAUUAUUACCCAUU